UUUGUCUCUGUUGUCUGUCCUCUGACUUGCCGGCGUUACAGUACCUUAUGCUUGCUUAUGCUACCUCAGUCCGAAAUAAAAUGUUCGACGCUACCGGCGUUCAGAACGAAACUUGCUAAAAUCCACUUCGGUAUCUGAUCGUAAACGUUUUUGAAGUAAUUUUUAGAAAAGAAAAGAACAAUCAACAAUCGUACACCUUUAUUGACAAUCUCGAUCUCGACGGUUAUUCGUUCCUUACUCUCCUUGUGCGCGCACAACUCGUCACUUUAUUCUCUCUCUCAAUUUCCUUCAACAUCGCGUCAAGAUGCAGGGUACAAUAAUCGAAAAUUUGAGUGGAAAGAAACUCUCGGUUCUCGUUCUACUACUCAUUAUUGCACAAAUCAUUUGUUUUCUAAUUGGUGGACUUAUGGCACCAACUCCGGCUAGUAGCCAGAACAUAUUGGGUUCGCCUUGCCAAGAUAUUAGAAAAAACGGUAGUGAACCUGGAGAUGGAAAAUGGUUUUAUUCUCGUGGGAAGGGUUCGUGUGACUUAGUCGACAUGCAUCCCUUUGCUUCGGACAAUCAUUAUCAAGCCUAUCAACUGGUUUAUACUUUUCAGAUGCCCGGCCCCCGAAACAGCAGAGAUCUUGAUUUUUCUAGAUGGCAGCAAAAUCUCAUUGGCGUUCUGCAAAUAGACAUAGUCUAUCACAGCCAGUUUGAAAUUGCUCCGAGGACAAAGAUUACUCUGGAUGCGAGAUUGGCAUACAGAAAUGCUGGAGACGCAGACGACGAUUGGAAACCUUACGCAGCUUCUCUGGUUGAGAGAAAUCUCGAAUGCAGUAUAGACGAUAAAAAAGAACACUACAAUUACAACUGCAGUAUGGUACCACUUUUCGAACUGGGAUCCCUUUUCCACGAUUACUAUCUCUUGAAUCUCCGUUUACCAGCAGAUACGGACAAAAAUAUAAACCAAGGGUUGGGUCACAUCACCGACUUGUGGCUAACGGCUAUCAAUCAAAAUGGAGGAUUCACAAAAGUUUGGGUGAGCUUGAAGAGUGUAUUCUUCCCCAUCGUCAUAGGCAUUCUUGCCUGGUAUUGGAGACGAGUGCGAAUGUUAUCCAGAGAGCCGGCUCUAUUGGAAUACAUGUUGCUGGCCCUUGGGUCAGCGCUUACUUUUCUCAACAUGCCACUGGAGUAUCUUACAUUGGCAUAUGACAUGCCCUUCAUGCUGCUUCUCGGGGACAUAAGACAAGGUAUCUUCUACGCGACGCUUCUUUCUUUCUGGUUGGUUUUUGCCGGCGAGCACUUGAUGAUUCAAGAGGGUGAACAGAGAAACAGCUUGAAAUGUUAUUGGCGUCAUUUGUCGGCCGUCGGAGUCGGAUGUCUCUCGCUUUUCAUAUUCGACAUGUGCGAAAGGGGCGCUCAACUACGAAAUCCAUUUUAUUCUAUUUGGGUGACCGACGUUGGCACGCAAUUGGCUUUAUCCUUCAUCAUUUUGGCGGGAAUUUCAGCCGGAUUAUAUCUCCUGUUUUUGACCUACAUGAUCUGGAAGGUUUUUACCAACAUUAGUAUAAAACGAGCCGCUCUCCCGAGCAUGAGCUCAGCUCGACGUUUGCAUUACGAAGGAAUAAUCUAUCGUUUCAAAUUUCUAAUGAUAACGACACUGCUGUGUGCCUCGUUAACCAUCGUCGGGUUCAUUCUUGGACAGGUUGCUGAAGGCCAAUGGAAAUGGGACGAAGACAUGCAGCUGGAAAUAACUUCAGCGUUCUUCACCGGAGUUUACGGGAUGUGGAACAUUUACAUACUGGCUUUGCUGUGUCUCUAUGCGCCUUCCCACAAGCAGUGGCCAAUCGAGCCUUCCGAUCACAGUAUCAGCGAGGAAAUUGAAUUUUCGCGACUUCCAACGGAGCCAAAUGAGAUGCUGUCGUUGACAGGACUGGCGAGAAAAGCAGCGUUGGACUGAGCCACUUUGGCCGAUGAUGUCAACGCACGUAAUCGACUGUUUUUGUUUAAAUCACGUUUUUUUUUAUAAAUUUGAUUGAAUCUAUCGUUACUCGUGAUAUUACUUUAGACAUUUUCAUAUUUAUUUGGGAUAGAUCGUAGCAACGAGCCACGAUAGAAUUCCGACGACGAACUACGCGCCAAAGUCAUGGCAAAUGGUGAAAAAAAAUAUAAUGAAGAAACUAAAAGAAAUGUUGAAAAUUGGGAGCGACGAAUCUUUAGCGGCUUAUUCUAUCACAUAUCAAUAUUGGGCAUUUAUUAAUAAGCUAGAUUCGCAACGGACCGCGCGCACUGUAAUCGCACACACAUAGUCAUAGUACUUAAUCGAAUGAGAGAAAGACAAAACAGUAUUCUUCGCGUAAUAUACAUACGAAAUAUAUAUACACACACAUUUAUAUAUAAAUAUAUAUGAAAUGUUCGCGGCUAUCCGAGUCAACAGUCAUUUUUCGUCGCACGGUACAUUUGUACCCGGGAGCUGCUUAAUCCAAGGUGAAACUCAACGAGUCCGAAUAGACAUGGGAACGAUCGAGGUUCUUGCAUGCUAUGGGAGUGAACCGAUGUUGUAAUUUUCCAGCCAUUUGUACUUCCAAUAGUCUCGUACGUAGUCAUAAUUCCGCUAAUCGUAAUUUUUACUAAACCUAUAUUCAAUGUCAAUUUUGUACGAACAAAUUUUUGUAAACCUUUUCCAAUGUUUCAUCGGAUACAUUAAAACGUUUCGCUAUUA